CACGAACACGUGGCGGCCUUCAUCGUCGAUGUAGAGCUUUUGUUUCGCGGAUUUGGAUAGCUAACCCUUGUUACAUCCGCGGAAAGAUCGCCUGAUUAUGGCUGCCUACUUUCAUCAGACAUAAGAGCCGACCGCUCGCUCUUUGCGUCGAUGAGUCCUCUGUCUUCUUUACAAUCUCGACAAACGCGAGAGUUCAGGUCAAUAUGGAUCCCAUCACAGCCAAAACCGAAGUCCUCAGAUAUGAUGAGCUGCUGUCGAUCGGCAUCAACGAGGCUGAUCCAAUUACCUUUCGUGUUCCAAAAUCCACAUUCGCCAGCGUAUCACUAGUAUUCAGACGCAUGAUCGAGAACAAAACGUACCUGGAAGGAUCUACCGGAAUCGUCAAAUUCCCAGAAGAUGACGAAGACGCAUGGCGCCCGUUCCUUGCUUGGUUGACGACACCUUACGACGAGGACUUUUGUACCGACAUGAUAUGCCAAGACACGACUAAGGCAAUGGAGCUCAUCGUUUUUGCGGACAAGUAUAACGUUCAGGGACUCCAUCAAAUUGCUAUAAGACACCUCGAGAACACUUUUGGUACUCUGGACCACUCUCUUCUCGAGAUGGCUUUUACGAGGACUAGCCUCAACAACCCAGUUCGUGAUCUGCUCGUUAAGAGGCUAGUUGAAGACAGAUCUUUUGAUCUUGACGAAUGCAACAAAUGGGAUCACUUGAGCUGCACGGGUUUCCAUCACACCCUUCAGAAAUAUACCCUCGUCAGACGGGAAUCGAUUUAUGCGUGCAGAAAGAGGCGCAAGUCUCAACUUGGGGCACGCCAGCAAUACCGAAGACGAGGUAUGGUGAAUGCAUCAUCGUAGUAGGAGUAUGUCAUUUUCACAGUAUGGUCAACAACUGACUUCGAUAUGCUGGUCUCCUCUUGAUAAUUGACAAGUGCCUCAGAUACCGGACUCUCCUCUUCAUUUCGACGAAAGUUUUGUGGCUUGGCGGUCAUUUAUUGCGAUCAGUGUUCAGGCUUGCUUACUACAACCACUAAAUUGUUUUCCGUUGGCCAAAGUGUUUCCAAGUGUAUAGCGCCAACUCGGCUGAUGAAGAGUAUGCUACAUGUUCUUGUCAAUGCAACAUGCUUUUGUCGAAGGUACUUGUGUGAGACGAGGAGGGAGACUAUAGCUUAACAUCUGAGCAAGGUGGAAUAGUAUGCUAUGAAAUAUGAAGCAAUUGAAU